GCGAGCACAGAGACCCCUGUCACGUGAGAGAGGUGACUCCGCCUCCGCCGCUCCCCAAGCUUCGGAAGCGACGUUCCAGAAGAAUACGCAGCGCUGGUAAACAUACAGCGAGGGGACUGUCUGCACCAUCCGCGCAGUCAAUAAGCGAAGUAACGGAUUAUGAGAGAUACCUCGCCGCUUCAAGAGUCUGAACGGAACGGGGGGGAUGCAGCAAGCACAGAACACAUCGUGCUGAAUCGAGACCGCGUCUCUGCAACUAGAUCUGUACUGUGCAAGGAGGAGCAGCAGCCGGCUGUUUAAAUGGUGCAGCGUCCCGCCAUGGGAUCGUGUCAGUCCCACGGAGGGUUCCGGCCCCUGGCGGAGAGCAGCCGCACGGAGGGGGACAAAGACGACGAUUCGCUGGACGGACAGGACAGGCAGGACGACAUCGCGCAGUUCCCGUAUGUGGAGUUCACCGGGAGGGACAGCAUCACGUGUCCCACCUGCCAGGGCACCGGCCGGAUCCCCACGGGGCAGGUGAACGAGUUGGUCGCAUUGAUCCCCUACAGCGAUCAGAGACUGCGGCCGCAGAGAACGAAGCUCUACGUGGUCCUCUCGGUGGUCCUGUGCCUGCUGGCCUCCGCGCUCGUGGCGUUCUUCCUCUUCCCCCGGUCAGUGCUGGUCAGCGACGACGGCAUCAAGGUGGUGACGGUGCAAUUCGACCGCAACAACAGCAAGGUCUUCAUCAACAUGACGAGCACCCUGAACAUCAGCAACCCAAACUUCUACACCGUGUCAGUGGACAGCCUGACCAGCCAGGUCCUCUACAUGAAGACCGUGAUCGGGACCCAGCAGCUCAGCAACGUGCUGCAGAUCCAGCCCCUCAGCCAGAGACAGGUGAAUUUCACCGUCGCCAUGGAGAUCAGCGGCAGCCUGUCCUACGUCUACACUUUCUGCACCAUGGCAACCAUCAAGGUGCACAACAUCGUGGUCUUCAUGCAGACCUCGGUGAAGACCUCCUACAUGGUCCGCUCUGCGCAGAACUCCCUGGAAUCUUAUCGGUACAUCGACUGCGGCUCCAACUCCACUGUGCACCGAGCACUGGUCCUGCAGCUCGGGGCGUUGUGAGCACGGAAAACCAGUACACCCAGUACAGACUAAAAACACUCACCCAGCGACUCUGCAGACCGUGCUUUUCAUACACGCUUGUAAACAACCUAGACAUCUAGCCGCAAACGGAUUAAUAUUUUUUGAGGCUUUAAAUGAAGGAAAGGGUUGAGGUAGCUGUUAUGGUGAGAGUCAGGUCAUCUCUCCCUCUCCUCUUGCUGUAAAGAAAGCAAAACUUGCAACCAGAUAAUUUCAGUUGAAAAGAAGGGCUGUCUACGUCACGAAUGCCUUAUGCUUCCGAGUUUGUUUUAUCUUCAUUCAUAUUUUAGUGGGAGGGGUUGUUGAGUUGGUUUUGAGCUCUCUGUUAUAGUUUUUUUUGUAUUAAAAGCUGGUGCUGGAUGAACCAGAGAGGGUUCAUAUUUGUUCAGGAAUUGAUAUAUUAGAGAAAUUGAUUAAUUUAAAGCCUCCAACUAUACAGGGACCUUGUGAAUUUAAUUUAUGUCUAUGAGAAGUUUAAGAUAUAUUUAGCAACACAAAAAAGUAUUUAUUAGUGUGCAAAUGUAUCGGAGCACCCUGGUUUUGAUUGGCUGUGCGGAUGAAAUCAAACCACUGGAACUGAGAAUCUUGGAAAAUGUCAAAAUAUGCAAAUUUGUGAUUGUCUAAUUGAAUUGAUGACUUUAAUAGGCCACCCGUGCAAUUAAAAACAAUAAGAGAAAAGGAACACAGAGCCACACAUGGUGAAACGCAGGAGACUUCUUAGAAGUGUAUUUAAGACGCCUGAUUAAGCGUUCUAACAUUUUCACACGAGUGCCUAUUAUUAAUUCUAUAUGGCCGAUUACUGAGCGGAAAUGGAAAUUCUCGCACCCAGAGGUUUUGAUGCAGGCAGGUAUAUAAAGGAUAUCAAUGACUGGAGGUGUUCUCAUACAUUGGCACACGACUGUAUGUCGUAGUUAUUUGUGUUGCAUAAGGACCUGGUAAUGCUGCAGUUGUCUGUACAUAGUUGAGCAGAGAUGGAGCCACUAAACAGGGUGUGUUUCAGAGAGCUUCAAGGUGGCUGCAUCUCUGAUGAGGUUCUGCUCCUUGAUCUCAUUUAUGUUUCUAUAUGAACUCUUGUAAAAAUGAUUCUAAACCUGCUCUUCAGAGUUGUACGUCGUAAAGUUAUUGCUUCACUGUAAAAUAACCUUUGAUAAAAUAAAAUGCAUUUGUUAGUUUCUUAA